UUCCCUUCCUUUCGUUUCCUUUCCCUCCGCCCCCAAACGCAGGUUAUAAACCCCGGCGGACCUGUUGGAGCCUGGAAAUCUGGAACCAAUCCUGCGCACGUCUUCCUCGGAAACUUCAAUGGUGUGAGCUGCUCUCUCCCCCAAAUCUCAUGGGUUCACUCCCGAAACGCAACAAGCUUCUUCAGGACACCAAAUAUGAGGGCGUCUGUACUCCAUGCCUUGCCACGUGCUCUCUCGUCUCCCCACAAGUUAUGCAGUCAGAGCCAGCGUCUUGUCUUCAAGGUGGAAGUGCCUCUGUGCUUCAAGUCUCAAUCUCAACUUCGAUGAUUCCUUCUUCAUACAUCCCAAGUGUAAAGAGGAAUAUAAAUACAGAAGCUUGGUGCGGUUUCUGUGAGUUAACCGGUUAUACUCUAUUAUUUUAUUUGAGUAAUUCAGAUCAUAAGUUCGGAAUCCGACAUUUUGAGUGGGGUUGUGUAUCAUAGCCUCCGGUUCAUUUCCCGCCCGUUCUAUUCUUUGACAUCUUACUCUUUCUCCUAUCCUUCCCUUAAAAUUUAUCAUAAGCAGGGUUCGCAAAAGUAUUUGAAUAUAAGUAUAUUUUAUUUGUCGAAUAAUUUAUGAAACUGAACCUUUCGGUUUGUCUUCGAAUCUUGUCUUUUAAAGAGUUUUGUUUCUCUAAUGGAAACUCCCGCUCAAUCAUUUUUCCCCUUUGCGUCAGAUUUCUACGCAUCCCUCCUCCAAAGAAGCCUCAAUAUAAAUUACCCACUUGCUGGAAAAUCAGUUCAUGCUAGAAUUAUCAAAAGCGGGCUUCACCUUGGCGUGUUCUUAAUGAAUAACCUCAUCAAUUUCUAUGCCAAAAUUGGGUUUCAAUUGGAUGCACAUCGUGUUUUUGAUGAAAUGCCUGUGAAAAAUGCAUUCACUUGGAAUACAUUACUAUCUGCGUAUGCAAAACGGGGCAGAAUUGAUGCAGCCCAUUGUAUUUUUUUGCAAAUGCCUGAUCCUGACUCGGUCUCAUGGACUUCAAUGAUUGUGGGCUAUAAUCAGAUGGAUCUUUUUGAAAAUGCGAUUCGGAUGUUCUCAGAGAUGAUUUUAUGUAGGGUUGCACCGUCCCAAUUCACAAUUACUAAUAUACUUGCCUCCUGUGCUGCUAUUGAUGGUUUGGACAUCGGGAGAAGGGUUCACUCUUUUAUUGUCAAACUUGGGCUUAGUAGUUAUAUCCCUGUGGCAAAUUCUCUCCUUAACAUGUAUGCAAAAACUGGUGAUCCAAUGACAGCAAAGAUUGUUUUUGAUCGGAUGAGGUUGAAGAGCAUAUCAAGCUGGAACUCUAUGAUUUCAUUGCAUAUGCAGUGUGGUCAGCUUGAUCUUGCCCUUGCCCAGUUUGAGCAAAUGAAAGAGCGAGAUGUAGUUUCCUGGAACGCAAUGAUUGCAGGUUAUAAUCAACAUGGAUAUGAUUUUGAAGCACUUGAUAUCUUCUCAAGAAUGCUUAAGGAUUCUUCAUUGAAACCUGAUAAAUUCACCUUGGCCAGUGCCUUGUCGGCUUGUGCAAAUUCAGAGAAGUUGAAACUUGGAAAACAAAUUCAUUCAUAUAUCAUUAGGACUGACUUUGAUACCUUUGGGCCAGUUAAAAAUGCUCUGAUAUCAAUGUACUCCAAGUCUGGUGGGGUUGAAACUGCUCGAAAGAUUUUAGAGCAUUGGAUGACUUCCAAUCUUAAUGUUAUAGCAUUUACAGCUUUGCUAGAUGGAUAUAUUAAAAUUGGGGAUAUAAGUACAGCCAGGCAGAUCUUUGAUUCAUUGAAAGAUCACGAUGUAGUUGCAUGGACAGCGAUGAUUGUAGGUUAUAUGCAGAAUGGCUUCAACAAUGAUGCGGUGGACCUGUUCAGGUUAAUGGUAAGAGAAGGGCCUAAGCCAAACAAGUACACUCUUGCAGCCAUGUUGAGUGUCAGUUCAAGCUUGGCUUCAUUGGAUCAUGGAAAACAAAUCCAUGCAACUGCCAUAAGAUCAGGAGAAGCAUUAUCGGUUUCUGUGAGUAAUGCUUUAAUUACCAUGUACUCAAAAGCUGGAAGCAUCAAUGGUGCAAGACAGGUAUUCAAUCUGAUACAUUGGAACAGAGACACUGUCUCUUGGACUUCAAUGAUUAUGGCUUUAGCUCAACAUGGUCUUGGAGAAGAAGCCAUAGAACUGUUUGAGAAGAUGCUGGCAGUUGAUAUUAAGCCUGACCAUAUAACUUAUGUUGGUGUACUUUCUGCUUGCACGCAUGUGGGUUUGGUGGAGCUAGGUCGUAGCUAUUAUAAUCUGAUGCAAAAUGUACACAAAAUUGAACCGACUCUAAGCCAUUAUGCUUGCAUGAUUGAUUUGCUUGGACGUGCUGGACUGCUUCAGGAAGCUCAAGAUUUCAUAGAAAAAAUGCCGGUCGAACCAGAUGUUAUAGCUUGGGGUUCGCUUUUGUCUUCCUGUAAAAUUCAUAAAAAUGCAGAGCUGGCAAAAGUUGCUGCAGAGAGAUUGCUCAUAAUUGAGCCAGAUAAUAGUGGGGCAUACUCUGCCCUAGCUAAUGUCUAUUCUGCUUGUGGAAAAUGGGUGGAUGCUGCCAUUAUUCGAAAGUCAAUGAAAGAUAGACGAGUGAAGAAAGAACAAGGAUUUAGCUGGGUUCAAAUGAAAAAUGAAAUCCAUGUCUUUGGUGUUGAAGAUGUGCUUCAUCCACAAAGAGAUGCAAUCUAUGAGGCUAUGGCAGAAAUUUGGAAGGAGAUAAAAAAGAUGGGUUUCAUUCCUGACACUGAGGCAGUUCUCCAUGAUCUCGAUGCUGAGGUAAAGGAGCAGAUUCUUAAGCAUCACAGUGAGAAGCUUGCCAUAGCAUUUGGACUGAUAAAUACUCCAGAGAAAUCUACUUUGAGAAUCAUGAAGAACCUAAGAGUAUGUAAUGACUGCCACUCUGCCAUUAAGUUCAUCUCCAAGCUUGUUGGCAGAGAAAUUAUUGUCAGGGAUGCUACUCGUUUUCACCAUUUCAAUGAUGGGUCCUGUUCUUGUCGGGAUUAUUGGUAGUGCAACAAAUAUUUCUCCAGUUCACAUAUUGUUGAAAACAGUACCACCAGUGAACAAAAACUCGUGUAUUUAGCAAAUGCUAUAAACUUUGAAGCUUGUGUAAAACAGACUUGAUCAGCUUACUGCUUUCAGCACUGAUGUUGAUUCUACUUCAAGGGCAUUCAUGAAAGAUUUUGUCAACGAGUAUGGUGUUCCUUGGCCUUGAGCAUGAUACAUGUUUGCGUUCAUCAUUGUGCAGCAGAGGUCUCUUGUACAUGCACAGCAGAUAUUGUCGACUGAGUUACACAAUCAUCUGCAAGGGUCUUCUCAGUGAUGCCUCUAACUGACAUAGCAUCCAAAAUCUGGUAUGCACUUCCACGGAUCUUGGUAACCUUCAAAAUAUCUUUUCUAACUGUAGUUUGAUGAGCGCAUGCUUACAUGUGUGUGUCAUAUAUGCCGGCAAUUUUUAGUAUUUUUAUGAUAAUGGUGAUGGUAUAUGGGAUAAAUUCCAUUGGAGUUCAGGAAACUUUUGAGUAAAUUCUAUAUUUUUUUUAGGGGGUCACUAAAA